GGACCUCAUGUCUUGGAUCAAUGGAAUACGUGGGUUGGUAUCUUCAGAUGAGCUAGCCAAGGAUGUCACUGGAGCUGAAGCCUUGCUCGAGCGACACCAGGAACACCGGACAGAAAUUGAUGCCAGGGCUGGCACUUUCCAGGCAUUUGAGCAGUUUGGGCAGCAGCUGUUGGCUCACGGGCACUAUGCCAGCCCAGAGAUCAAGGAGAAACUAGAUAUUCUAGAUCAGGAGCGAGCAGAUCUGGAGAAGGCCUGGGUUCAGCGCAGGAUGAUGUUAGAUCAGUGCCUUGAACUGCAGCUGUUUCACAGGGACUGUGAGCAAGCUGAGAACUGGAUGGCUGCCCGGGAGGCCUUCCUGAAUACUGAAGACAAGGGAGACUCACUGGACAGUGUGGAGGCUCUGAUCAAAAAACAUGAAGAUUUUGACAAAGCAAUUAAUGUCCAG